UUCCUGCAGCAUUUUUUUCUAGUAAUAUUUUAAUUUACUGAUUUAAAUUUUAAUUUCUAAAGUUCAUAUAUAUUUAUAUAUGUAUAUAUUUGCUAUAUUUCCAUAAGGCAUUUCUUUGGAUUUACUCAGUAUGAUUUUGGAGAAUUACCUAUGAGGAGUGAGGUGUACUGAUCACGUAUUUUAGACCCUACUUUUGCUGUCCACAUUGUAAUUUCUGCACCUUUAGAUGACCUUUCUCUUGGUGUCCACAAUUUGACACGUUUCAUAUUAUUUAGAUAAGUGGAAAGAUUUUCUCCUCUCAAGCGGUUUGAGUUUUUUUUCUUUUUUUUUUCCAGAAAGUAUGGGUGAUUGAGGUUAAACCAAUCCUUGUUGAUCACUUCAGAAAUAUGUUUUGAGCCUCACGCUUCGUCUUGUCACCUGUGAGGACGCAAGGAAGACUUUGCCACUUAAAACCCCUUCAGGUGACUCCUUCAGCCAUUGCAUGACUGCACAACCCUGACGCAUCUGCAGAGGACAAGACUGCGGCAAUGGAAAGUAUUUCAAAUGAAAGUGACUUUUGGCAAUUUAACGAAUCCUGGCGAAACUCAAGUCUCGUUAACGGGACCGGUUUGUUGAAUCAGACGAACCCUCUGAAGCGGAAUGAAGAAGUGGCGAAGGUGGAGGUGACUGUGCUCGCCCUGGUGCUGUUUCUGGCGCUGGCGGGGAACCUGUGCGUCCUGCUGGCCAUCCACACCACCAAGCACAGCCAGUCUCGCAUGUAUUACUUCAUGAAGCACCUGAGCAUCGCUGAUCUAGUUGUGGCGGUAUUUCAAGUUCUCCCUCAACUUAUCUGGGACAUUACAUUUCGGUUCUAUGGACCGGACAUUUUGUGCAGGUUGGUGAAAUACCUACAGGUCGUUGGGAUGUUCGCCUCCACUUACAUGUUAGUUUUGAUGUCUGUCGACAGGUGUUUGGCAAUCUGUCAGCCUCUUCGUUCUUUGCACAGGAGAAAAGACCGUUUUUAUGUCAUAUUUUCCUGGGUCCUGAGCCUGCUCUUCAGUGUCCCGCAGAUGUUCAUUUUUUCCCUGAGAGAGGUUGGCUCGGCCGGAUCAGGAGUGUAUGACUGCUGGGGCGACUUCGUGAAGCCUUGGGGUGCCAAAGCUUACAUCACAUGGAUCAGCCUCACUAUAUAUAUCAUCCCGGUGGCAAUUCUGAGCAUCUGCUAUGGGCUCAUAAGCUUCAAAAUAUGGCAAAACUUUAAACUGAAAACCAGGCGGGAGCAGUGUAUAAGCCUGACGCCCAAAACCUCCAAAGGCAACACGCUGGCCCGAGUGAGCAGCGUCAAGCUCAUCUCCAAGGCAAAGAUAACCACAGUGAAAAUGACUUUUGUGAUCGUCGUAGCUUAUAUCGUCUGCUGGACCCCCUUUUUCUCUGUUCAGAUGUGGUCUGCGUGGGAUCCAGCAGCGCCCCGUGAAGCCAUGCCCUUCAUCAUCUCCAUGCUGCUGGCCAGCCUCAACAGCUGCUGUAACCCCUGGAUCUACAUGUGCUUCGCCGGGCAUCUGUUCCAGGAUCUUAGGCAGAACUUUCUGUGCUGUUCUACUCGCUACCUCAAGUCAUCCCAGUGCCGCUGUGAGCGUGACUUUGACUCUAGUCACAAGAGCAACUCCUCAACCUUUGCCAUUAAGAGCACUAGCAGUCAGAGGAGCAUCACACAGACUUCCACCACAUAAGCACCCGCCCUCCCUCCCCUUUCUCAAGCUGCCCACCAUGCCUUUCAUCACACGCUGUCGGCCAUAAAAUAUCAGUUCACCUCCUUCUGAUUCCUCUCGCCCUGAGGCUUGCUGUUCAAGCCUAUAAGGGACAAACAACGAAAGUCUUAAUCUUUUAUUUUCAGUACUUCACCGUGUAAAAUGUAAAUGGAAUUGUGAAACAGAAAAAAUUUACAGAAUAUUAUUUUGUUCAUAAAACCUUACUAGAUAAUCAUGGACCAAGCUAAGCUAUCACCUGAAUCCUUUUGUUUUAGAUGUACAGAAUAUAUAUUUACAUAUUUGCAGUGCAGACAAAGUAAAUGAAGAAGAAGAGAAUAUUUGAAUCAGUGAUUUUUGUAAGCCACCUAUAGAUUCAGUUGUUGUCACCAGCAAAGCUUAUGGAUCUUGUUUGUCUGUGUUAUGAUGAAAUUGCUCACCUGUUAUAUAUAUUGUGUAUGAUGUUGUUCACUUUGUUACAUUUGCAGUGGGUUGCAUACAUGUAAACUGUUACUUGAGAUAUUGUUAGAUGUGAGAUGUCAUGGCUGUCACUGGUAAAGGUUUUUAAAGUUUAAAAAAGAAAUAAAGAAAGAAAGCAGCGAAUAUGCACUGACUUUAUUAUUUACACCUAGCUAAUACUCAUUAGAGCUCCCUUUGUGUCCUGAAAUGAAAAAUCCUUGGCUUGGUUGAUGGAAAUAUUCUAGAGGGAUGUUUGUCCGUGCUGAAUCAAUAACGACCUUGAGUUCCUUCAAUUUUUUGGCUGCACAUCGAAACUUUUAACAUCCUGUUUACCUCAGUCCCAAAAUGCAUUAUUGUGUUGAGAUGUGGGGACUGUGCUGACCACUGGAGUGAACUAAAGUGACUCAUGUUUGUGGAGGUGUCUUGAGGCAACAAUUGCUGAGUGACAUGGUGCAUUAUUCUGCAGGAAGAGACGACAAAGGUACACUCGCAUUUAUUGUUGCAAAGCUAAGUCUAAGGCUGUUGUUUAGUCAGUUGUAUUUAUAUUCUAUGUAAAUGUGUCAAGUAUUUAAGCCCUCUAGGAUGUGUUAUUUUAAUUAUAGCACAUCAAUUAUCAUUGCCAAAAAUGAGGAGUGGCCUUAAUAUAAAAAAAGCUGCACAAUGAAACAAUGCAACCCAAUAUCUCUACAAUGAAUACUAACCAUGUGAAGUCUAUAAUGUUCAGUUUUAGUUGAGACACUAUAAGACAGGUAUUGAUUCAGCUUUCAACUCUAUUAUUCAGCUCAUUUUGACAUCUCUCUCCCACCUUGAACUGUACUGACAAUAUAACGUAACAAAGCACAACAUCAAAAACUAAAGAUUAUUACAGAUCACUCUCAAUACAAGCUUUAUACAGAUUAGUUAUUGCAGGAAUAUUCAACUGCAUGAUACAACUGCUUUGAUUUUACUAUUGUUGGAUAACAGGAUUCAUUAAUGAAGUGCCAAAUUAUACUUUUUCAGUAAUAUAAUUGCACUGCCACUGUAUACUGCAUUGUUUUAUUUUUCUGUUAUAUUUAGGAGGAGUAUACUUCUCCUGUAGCCUUAAUAAUGUGAACAAUGCAAUUAAGACUUAACAGAACGCAUCAAACCCCUUUGAAAUGAAUUUCAUGAUGAAAGAUUGUAAGUAAUUGUUCCAUCCUCAAAGAUGCCAAUAAGUUUGGAGGGCAGUUUAUGUGAACAGUAUGUCUGUAAUUAUAUAAGUUCAAUUAAUCAUUUGCAGAAGGCAAAUAUAUAAAUAAAUGCAUAAAUAAAAUCAUGAGAUCUGUAUUUGUGGAGAAUUUUUUGUAUUUUGGUUACACCAAACAUAUUUAUGUAAUCUACAUACUUAAUGUCUCUCUACAGUUUUGUCUAAUACAUUACUCUUGCUCAUUAAUUACACUGGUUUAUACAAUCCAUUAAUCAGGAUAAUGCUUUAUCACAGUGUGUUGUUUAUGCUCAUAUAAAAUGUGUGCGUUGUCUAGCACAAUACAGGACUGCAAAGAAUCGACAAGUAGAAACACACUGAGGUUAUGAACAAAGAAACAUCAAUAAUGAAUCUCAGACACAGAAGAGAAGCAUAUUAACAGAAACAUGUAGUGAUAGAAGUUAUCAAAAAUAUCACUAAUACAUGGUUAGGAUGUUUGGUGAAUCUUAAAAAUGUAUUUCUUUAAGCCUCUCAGAAUGAUUCGAAACAAUACACAUACUAUACUUUCAAUCAAACAUUGAACCGGUGAUGCAAUAUACUUCUAUUAUAAGGACACGAUCAUUAAUUGUACAUUUUCAGCCUGUUUGCACAAUAGCAGCAAAGCAAAUUAUACUUUUAUACAUAUAUCUUCUUUUCUAAUCAAAAUAAUGCUAUGGAACAUUACAGGUUUUUACUUUACUGCAUCAGUAGUUAUGUCCAUACUUGUUUACACAUACUUGACUAAAAUACGCAAAUAAGCAAGUUUAAUAUUCCACUCAUCAUGCUUCGAUAAAAGAGAGUAGAUUUUCUGCAUGGUUGGUUCCAAACAUAUUUCAUACAUCUGCAAGUCUCCAAACAGUUUGUUAGUCACUGUAGAGUCAUCACAAAUUAAGACGGGAAAGAUAUCAGAAUACCUUUUUACAAACUAUAAAGAAAUCGGACAAAAUAAUUAUGUAGAGAAAACAUUUUCAAUUCC